UUUUAAUUUUUGUCACUAGUUUUAUGUUGGGUGGUUUAACAGAAAUGGAGAUUUGGUGGAUUAAAAGUAUAAACGUGUACUUUACGCUCAAUUGAAAUCUGUUUUGACAGCGUCAAUAUUGCUUUAUAUUAUUGAUGACGUUGCAAGUUGAAUGUUGACAGAUAUUAUUUUAUUUAUAAUAUUGAGAUAAUAUAUUGUGAUUAUAAUGUUGAGUUUAAGGGAUAAACAAAUAAAUGCUUUGAAGCAAAUGUUAAAUUUAAAUCAACCUGAACAAAAACACGAUGAGUCGAUACCUGCAUGGAAAAUAUUAAUUUACGAUAGACUUGGUCAGGAUAUUAUUUCACCAUUGAUAUCUGUUAAAGAACUGAGAGAAUUAGGUAUUACUCUUCAUAUGCAAUUGCAUUCGGAUAGAGAUUCUAUUCCUGAAGUACCGGCAAUAUAUUUCUGUGCGCCUACGGAUGAAAAUUUGGGAAGAAUCGGACAAGAUUUACAGAAUGGACUGUACGACAUGUAUUAUUUAAAUUUCAUAUCGCCUAUAUCACGACAGAAAAUGGAAGAUUUAGCAUCGGCUGCCUUGUUAGGCGGAGUUGUCUCUAAUAUUCAUAAAGUAUAUGAUCAAUAUUUGAAUUUUAUUACUUUGGAAGAUGAUCUGUUCAUAUUAAGACAUCAAAACAGCGAAGUUAUAUCGUAUCAUGCUAUCAAUAGAGGAGAAGUGAAGGAUAGUGAAAUAGAAUCUGUUAUGGAAAUUAUAGUUGAUUGUCUCUUUUCUGUCUUUGUUACAAUGGGAACAGUCCCUAUUAUUCGUUGUCCUAGAGGAAACGCUGCUGAAAUGGUCGCGAAAAUGAUCGACAAGAAGAUAAGAGAAAACGUCUGGGACGCAAGAAAUAAUCUUUUUGAAGGAGAAACAUCAGGUCAUUACAGUUUUCAAAGACCAUUACUUAUUGUGCUUGACAGAAACAUAGAUAUGGCUACUCCGUUACAUCAUACAUGGACUUAUCAAGCAUUGGCUCAUGAUGUAUUAGAAAUGGCACUGAAUAGAUUAGUUGUAGAAGAGAAUAUUGGAAGGUCUCCUGUAGGCGGGACUCGUUCGAAAACCAAAGCUUAUGAAUUGGAUAGCAGAGAUCGUUUCUGGUGUCAUCAUAAAGGUAGUCCAUUUCCAAGAGUAGCAGAAGCUAUUCAAGAAGAAUUAGAACAAUAUAGAACUUACGAGGAGGAUGUUAAAAAAUUAAAAUCUUCUAUGGGUAUAGACAGUGAAAGUGAAGUCGCCCUAUCUAUGGUUUCUACCAAUACUGCUAAACUAACAAGCGCAGUAAAUUCAUUACCACAACUUUUAGAAAUGAAACGUUUGAUAGAUAUGCAUACGUCUAUAGCUACAGGUAUUUUGAAUUAUAUUAAAUCCAGACGUCUCGAUACAUAUUUUGAAUUAGAAGAGAAAAUCAUGAGUAAACAAACAUUAGAUAGAAGCGUGUUUGAUACUAUAAGCGAACCAGAUUGUGGCACUCCUGAAGACAAACUCCGACUUGCUAUUAUAUAUUACAUUUGUACAAAUAUGUCAGAUGCGGAUUAUAACAAAUUGGAAGCUACUUUACAAUCUGCCGGAUGCGAUUUGAAUCCUUUGAUAUAUAUCAAAAGACUAAGAAGUUAUACUAGAAUAGCGGAAAUUCAAAGCAGUUACGAAGGUGGUGGAACUAAAACCGUCAGUAUGUUUUCAAAACUCAUGAAUCAAGGAUCUUCCUUUGUCAUGGAAGGAGUGAAAAAUUUGGUCGUUAAAAAGCACAAUUUACCUGUGACAAAAAUAGUUGACGAACUUAUUGAAUCAAGGAUAUCGUCUCAAACAGAAGAAUAUUGUUAUUUAGAUCCAAAGCAAUUGAAAUAUUCUGAGCAAAUGCCUAAAAAUCGACCAACAUUCCAAGAGGUUAUAGUUUUUAUCGUCGGUGGUGGAAAUUAUAUCGAAUAUCAAAAUUUAAUUGAUUAUGUCAAGCAAAAAAGUGGUACAGGUGUUAAUAAAAGAAUCGUAUACGGCUCGACGUCUUUUAUAAACGGUAAACAACUUCUCAAACAGUUGUCGCUGUUAGGACAGGAAGGACACUCGUGAAAAUUGUCAAACAUGAAAAUAGUAUAUAAAGAAAGAAAAUAAAUAAAUAAAUAAAUAA